GUGGAUGCAUGAAGGCUCUGUAAUGGAUUUGUGUCAUAAUCUGGGCCACGGCAGAUUACCGCUUCUUUUCAUGGGCUUGCCCCUGUGUCAUGUGACCAGAGAACAAAUGGAUCUUCAUUUCCAAUGGAUGAGAAGUUGGAUGGAGGGGGCUGAGCAUGAGGCAGUCCAGCGCAGGAACAACUAAAGACGAUGCUUUUUAUGAAACCAGUUUAAGUGUAGCUCCAUACACUACAAUCCCCACAAGGACCAUUACAGCUGGGAGUGUCGUCUCAUGCCGGAAUAGGACAUUCUGGUAACUCAUUAACGCUCUUUUCGUCGCUGCCUCGGGCCCGCUGUCAUGUGAGCCUGCGGCAACCCUGCUAGCACUGCAGAAUCCCCAAGCUCGCUUGUUCUCGCAGCUGCGACCAGAAGAUCGGACAAAUAGCACUCACACGCCCGGUCACAUGAAAUUAAUUACCGCCCGGGCAGCUUCCUGUUCAUGGGCAGAAUGGAGGAACCUGUGGAGGAGUACAAGUCUCCGUUUAACUUUGAGCAGGGAGUGAACACCAGCUACUUAUACCUGUCACCCAAAGAGAGUUUCACUCCUCCCGGUUCACCCGUACCGUCGUUCAGAGGCACCCAGAGGCAAGACUCCGUCCCAGAAGUGGGUGAAGAUGCGGUGAACACAGUAGGACCAUCUGCAUCCAGCACAGCCCUGACUGAAGAAGAACAAGCCGAACUACGCAGUGAACUCGCUAAGGUUGAAGAUGAGAUCCAGACUCUCACUCAGGUGUUAGCAGCCAAGGAAAAGCAGAUGGCGGAGAUCAAGCGGACGUUGGGUAUCAAUCCACUCAACGAGCUCAAACAGAACCUGAGCAAGAGCUGGCAUGAAGUCACUACCUCCACCGCGUAUAAGAAGACCUCAGAAACCCUGUCUCAAGUUGGACAGAAGGCGACGACAGCAUUUUCCAGCAUGGGUUCAGCCAUUACCAGAAAACUGGAAGACGUGAGAUUACAGUCAUUUUCCAAUUCCUUUGGUAUACGCUCCAUACAACAUUCUGCUAGCAUGCCGGUGAUGAGGAACACACCCACCUUCAAGUCAUUCGAGGAAAAAGUUGAUACUUUAAAGACCAAGAUGAGCCCCACACCUUCGACCGGCGAUAUCGAUGAGGUUUCAGACUUCACUCCGAAUGAAGAGCCAGUGGUGAAGCAGCCAGAGGGAACAAUUACACCAGAUCAAGAACCCCACUAAAGAUCCACUUCCGAAACUUCUCACCCCUCCAAACCAUCAUCCCAUACUCCUCUCUACUCUCUCCACCUUCUGUUCACAUCCUGCCACCCUGUAGAUAAAACAAAAAUAAGUGGAAUAAUAUGCUAAAAUAGACAGCGAUAUGGUCACAUAUUCUGAAUUUACAAUCAAUUCAGAACAUGUGAUUUGAUAAACUAGGCGUGUGCGGCAUGCCUCGUACAUUCCACAGGUACAUGUGGAUUCCAGUUUUUUUAUGCUCCACUAAACCCGAGUGUCGACAUAGAAAUAUACAUUUGUGUACUGGGGCAUUCUCAGACAGGACAUGGUAGUCCUACACUGGAGCAGAUGUGUGCGCGUGUGACGUAUAAGAGCAAUACAUGACUCGGUCCACUGCUGCAUUGACCUCUGACCCCUAACCUUUGGUCAGUGCUGUUGUCUUAGCUUACACGAGAGGCUGGGCUUGUUCUUUAAAGAUGGUGUUUUUUUACACUUUCAAGUGAUAUAUCCUGUAGUCUUUAGAAAAAUGAUCAUAUAUAUUCAAAUCAGAUUUUUCUCGGUUCGCGAAAAUUUUCUAGAACGUUUAAAGCCAACUCGAAAUCGUUUAACUACUAAAAGACUUCAGUUACAUUUAGGAGUGCUUUGUUCUAUAGAUAUCAUUUAGUGUUUGUUCUCUUUUUUUAGUUUCAUACUUUUAAACAAAUGCCAAAAAUGCAGAACAGGAGUUCUGUCUAAACAAUGUUGCGUAUUAGGUGUGUGUAUUAUAACUAUAACACCAAAUAUGAUCAAAGAAUGUUAAGACACGAGAGGUUUGUCAUAAAAUGAGCAGGUACGAGAUGGGCUUUGUUUCUCUUUAUUUCAGUAGUGCUUCAUGUCCUCACUGAGAUCUCCGUGCCUUGUUUUUUCUCUGAUACCAUUGGAAUUUGAUAGUAUGGUACAAUAUGACAUACUAUGAUGUCAACGGACCGCAUUAUAGAGCCAACCGUAGACCAAAAAACAGCAUAUACUGUAUAUCUCGCCUGUUGUUUUGUACAUCGUCAAAUGUGUGUUAGCUCUAGGUUCCAGCACUACAUAAUUUCGAAUAAAAAUGAUAUAGUUUGACUAUCUUAAACUUGUUUUAGGCUUUAAUAUUUUUUUUCCAAACUUUUCUCUUUGAUAUAAAUGGAUAUAUAGUUCAUAUUGCAAAAGGUGUAUGCUUGCUGCUGUUAAUUUUCCAUUAACGUUUAUUGGCGAUUACAUAAGAUUGAUAUUUUAGUCUAUUCAAUUUGGAAAUACUUACAAAGUCAACUCUCCAUUUACAAAUUUUAGUGUGUUCUUGGUAUUAAAACCCCCAGUGUGACCAAAAACCCUGUUUUGUAUUUCCCCUCAAAGUUCUGCUUCGCUGACGUCAUAGCUCAGGUGUUGUAUGUUUUAUUGUCUUACCAUCACCUUUGAAAUAUGAGAAAUUUGUUUCACACUGAAUGCCUCUAUUGGGCUGUUAGGUAGAAAUAACAUCCUGAAAGACUAUUACCUAGUGCACAGAAAUACCACAUUUGUUCGUUUGUAUGUCAGAUGUCUAAUAAAGCAAAUUACA